AUGGCACGAGUCCAAAAGCAGCUGAAAUCCAGUCUGAAGAAGAGCUUUGAGUGCAUAUUUGAAGGGGUUGCAACAUCAGGGAGACAUACCCUCCUCAACAAUAUUUACACAGAGCUCUACAUCAUAGAGGGGGACAGUGAGGGAAUCAAUAAUGAGCACGAAGUGUUGCAGGUUGAGACAGCAUCCAGGACACAGACCACACAAGACACUGCAAUCAACUGCAAUGACAUCUUUAAACCCUUACCUGGACAAGAGAAACCCAUCAAAACUGUGCUGACGAAGGGGAUCGCUGGCAUUGGAAAAACAGUUUCUGUGCAGAAGUUCAUUCUGGACUGGGCAGAAGGAAAAGCCAAUCAGGAUGUUCGUUUCAUGUUUGUUCUUCCUUUUCGGGAGCUGAACUUGAUUAAUGAUGAACAAUACAGUCUGCUUGGGCUUCUGCAUGUCUUCUACCCUGAAACAAGAGGGAUUGAAAACAUCGAGUCUGAUGUUGACAAAGUUUUGUUCAUCUUUGAUGGUCUGGAUGAAAGCAGAUUUCCCUUCAAUUUCCAACACACCAAUGUAUUGUCUGAUGUAACAGAGACAUCCUCAGUGGAUGUGCUGCUGACAAACCUCAUUAAGGGGAAUCUGCUUCCCUCUGCUCUCCUCUGGAUCACCUCCCGGCCGGCAGCAGCCAAUCAGAUCCCUUCUGAAUACGUCCACCGUGUGACAGAGAUACAAGGUUUCAAUGACUCACAGAAGGAGGAGUACUUCAGGAAGAGAUUCAACGAUGAGAACCAGGCCAGCAGAAUUAUCUCUCACAUGAAGUCAUGCAGGAGUCUCUACAUCAUGUGUCACAUACCAGUCUUCUGUUGGAUUUCUUCUACUGUUCUGGAGAGACUGUUUGGUGAGUCUGACUGUGGAGAAAUCCCUACAACUCUGACUGGAAUGUACACCCACUUCCUGCUCAUUCAGUCCAACAUCAAGAAUCAGAAAUAUCAGAGAAGAAAUGAGACAGAUCCACAAAAGCUUCUGGGGCUGGAUAAAGACAUGAUUCUGAAACUGGGGGAGCUGGCUUUUCAACACCUGGAAAAUGGCACUCUCAUGUUCUAUGAAGAUGACCUGAGAAGGUGUGGCAUUGAUGUCACUGAGGCGUCAGUGUACUCUGGGAUGUGCACAGAAAUCUUUAAAGAGGAGUCUGUGCUGUAUCAGAAGAAGGUGUACUGCUUUGUGCAUCUGAACAUCCAGGAGUAUCUGGCUGCUUUGUAUGUGUUUCACUCAUAUGCAAGCAAGAAUGUAAAGGCAUUGAAGUCCAUUUUUGGUCAAAAUUCUGAAGUCACUGACUUGUAUCACUUGCAUGAGAGAGCUGUUCAGAAAGCCUUGGAGAGUAAGAAUGGGCACCUGGACCUUUUCCUGCGAUUCCUUCUUGGCCUCUCACUGGAUCCCAAUCAGAACCUUCUCAAAGGCCUUCUGAAACAGACAGGAAGUAAUUCAGAGAGCAUCAAGAAAACAGUCCAGUACAUAAAGAGUUUGGAGAGAGAUGAUGCUUCCCCAGACAGGUGCAUCAAUCUGCUCCACUGUCUGGCUGAACUGAACGAUCAGUCGCUUAUGAAGGAGGUCCAAAAGUUCCUGAGCUCAGAAAGUCAUGAAAGGAUCUCACCUGUGCACUGCUCUGCCCUGGCCUAUAUGCUCCUGAUGUCAGAGGAGGUGCUGGAUGAGUUUGACCUGGGGAAAUACAGGACCUCAGACGAGGGGCGCAGGAGACUGGUUCCAGCUGUGAGGUGCUGCAGAAAGGCUCUGCUCAGUAACUGUAACCUUACAGAGAAGUCCUUUGAAAUUGUGGCCUCAGCUCUCCAGUCAGCCACCUCACCCCUGAGAGAGCUGGACCUCAGCAAGAAUAAGCUGGGAGAAUCAGGAGUGAAGCUGCUGAGUGCUGCACUGAUGAGUCCAAACUGUAAACUGCAGACUCUGGAUCUGAGCUUCUGUCAGAUGGGAAGUUCAGGAGUGGAGCUUCUCUGUACUGGACUGAGCAAAGUAUCCACUCUGAGGUUAGAAUCCUUAUGUCUGAGAGAGCUGGACUUCAGCAACAAUAAUCUGGGAGAAUCAGCAGUGAAGCUGCUCUGUGCUGGACUGAGGAGUCCACUGUGUGAUAUACAGGCUUUGAGACUGGGUUGCUGUAAUCUCACAGAGGGCUGCUGUGAUGAUCUGGCCUCAGUGCUGCGCUUACACCACUCAGAGCUGAGAGAGCUGGAGCUGAGAGACAAUGACCUGCAGGAUUCAGGAGUGACAGCGCUCUCUGCUGGACUGGAGGAUCCACACUGUAAACUACAGAGACUGGGGCUGUCAGGCUGUCUAGUCACAGAGAGAGGCUGCGCUUCUCUGGCUUCAGCUCUGCGUUCAAACCCCUCACACCUGAGAGAGCUGGAUCUGAGCUACAACCACCCAGGAGACUCAGGAGUGAGAGCGCUCUCUGCUGGAGUGGAGGACCCCAGCUUUAAACUGGAGACACUGCUUGUGGACCAUGGAGGAGAGAUUAGGCUCAAAGCAGGACUGAGGAAAUAUGCCUGCCAGCUCACACUGGACCCCAACACAGCAAACAGAUACCUGUCUCUAUCUGAGGGGGACAGGAAGGUGAUACACACACCGGGGAGAAAGCAGCCAUAUCCUGAUCACCCAGAGAGAUUUGACUUAGUGCGGCAGGUGCUGUGCAGAGAGGGUCUGUCUGGGACUCGCUGUUACUGGGAGGCUGAGUGCAGUGGGAGGGCUGUGAUUGCAGUGGCGUAUAAAGGAAUCAGCAGGAAAGGAGGAGGGGGUUCUGACAGUAGGUUUGGAUGCAAUGAUCAGUCCUGGAGUCUGUACUGCAGUGGUUACAGGUUCUCUGCUCGGCACAAUAAGAACCGCACUUCCAUACCCGCCCCCUCCCCCCCCCCCUCCUCCCGCAGAGUAGGAGUGUAUCUGGACUGGCCGGCCGGCACUCUGUCCUUCUACAGCGUCUCCUCGGACACUCUGACCCACCUGCACACUUUCCACACCACAUUCACUCAACCCCUCUAUCCUGGGUUUGGGGUUUGGUGCAGCUCAGUGUCCCUGUGCAUGCUGGGAUAG